AUGCCCGUUCAUUCAGACUCUAUUCCUGCCUCCCCACUCGCCUGCCUUCACUCCACGCCCCUCUCCCACUCCCUGUACUCUUCAUUUUCACCAGAGGGUGCGAACAGGGCAGGUGGUGGCGCUGGUGGGCAACACUUGCAAGUCCGUGGCAUCGAAUCACACACCCUUUCUUCCCCCCCUACCCACCCGCCUCCAUCCUCCUCCCCCGUGCACUUCUCAUUUCCACUCGUCACUUCACCCCAGCAGAGGGUGCGAGCAGGGCAGGUGGUGGCGCUGGUGAGCUUGCUGAAGGUGAGCAUGCUGAAGGUGAGCAUGCUGAAGGUGAGUUUGCUGAAGGUGAGCUUGCUGAAGGUGAGCAAGCUGAAGGUGAGCAUGCUGAAGGUGAGCUUGCUGAAGGUGAGCAUGCUGAAGGUGAGCAUGCUGAAGGUGAGCAUGCUGAGGGUGAGCAUGCUGAGGGUGAGCAUGCUGAGGGUGAGCAUGCUGAAGGUGAGCAUGCUGAAGGUGAGCAUGCUGAAGGUGAGCUUGCUGAAGGUGAGCAUGCUGAAGGUGAGCAUGCUGAAGGUGAGCUUGCUGAAGGUGCUCAUGCUGAAGGUGAGCAUGCUGAGGGUGAGCAUGCUGAGGGUGAGCAUGCUGAAGGUGAGCAUGCUGAAGGUGAGCAUGCUGAAGGUGAGCUUGCUGAAGGUGAGCUUGCUGAAGGUGAGCAAGCUGAAGGUGAGCUUGCUGAAGGUGAGCUUGCUGAAGGUGAGCAUGCUGAAGGUGAGCAAGCUGAAGGUGAGCGAGCUGAAGGUGAGCAUGCUGAAGGUGAGCAUGCUGAAGGUGAGCUUGCUGAAGGUGAGCAUGCUGAAGGUGAGCAUGCUGAAGGUGAGCUUGCUGAAGGUGCUCAUGCUGAAGGUGAGCAUGCUGAGGGUGAGCAUGCUGAGGGUGAGCAUGCUGAAGGUGAGCUUGCUGAAGGUGAGCUUGCUGAAGGUGAGCAUGCUGAAGGUGAGCACGCUGAAGGUGCUCAUGCUGAAGGUGAGCAUGCUGAGGGUGAGCAUGCUGAGGGUGAGCAUGCUGAAGGUGAGCUUGCUGAAGGUGAGCAUGCUGAAGGUGAGCAUGCUGAAGGUGAGCAUGCUGAGGGUGAGCAUGCUGAGGGUGAGCAUGCUGAAGGUGAGCUUGCUGAAGGUGAGCAUGCUGAAGGUGAGCAUGCUGAAGGUGAGUUUGCUGAAGGUGAGCUUGCUGAAGGUGAGCAAGCUGAAGAUGAGCUUGCUGAAGGUGAGCAAGCUGAAGGUGAGCAUGCUGAAGGUGAGCAUGCUGAAGGUGAGCAUGCUGAAGGUGCUCAUGCUGAAGGUGAGCUUGCUGAAGGUGAGCUUGCUGAAGGUGAGCAUGCUGAAGGUGAGCAUGCUGAAGGUGAGCUUGCUGAAGGUGAGCAUGCUGAAGGUGAGCACGCUGAAGGUGCUCAUGCUGAAGGUGAGCAUGCUGAGGGUGAGCAUGCUGAGGGUGAGCAUGCUGAAGGUGAGCAUGCUGAAGGUGAGCUUGCUGAAGGUGAGCAUGCUGAAGGUGAGCAUGCUGAAGGUGAGCUUGCUGAAGGUGCUCAUGCUGAAGGUGAGCAUGCUGAGGGUGAGCAUGCUGAGGGUGAGCAUGCUGAAGGUGAGCAUGCUGAAGGUGAGCAUGCUGAAGGUGAGCAUGCUGAAGGUGAGCUUGCUGAAGGUGAGCUUGCUGAAGGUGAGCAAGCUGAAGGUGAGCUUGCUGAAGGUGAGCUUGCUGAAGGUGAGCAUGCUGAAGGUGAGCAAGCUGAAGGUGAGCGAGCUGAAGGUGAGCAUGCUGAAGGUGAGCAUGCUGAAGGUGAGCUUGCUGAAGGUGAGCAUGCUGAAGGUGAGCAUGCUGAAGGUGAGCUUGCUGAAGGUGCUCAUGCUGAAGGUGAGCAUGCUGAGGGUGAGCAUGCUGAGGGUGAGCAUGCUGAAGGUGAGCUUGCUGAAGGUGAGCUUGCUGAAGGUGAGCAUGCUGAAGGUGAGCACGCUGAAGGUGCUCAUGCUGAAGGUGAGCAUGCUGAGGGUGAGCAUGCUGAGGGUGAGCAUGCUGAAGGUGAGCUUGCUGAAGGUGAGCAUGCUGAAGGUGAGCAUGCUGAAGGUGAGCAUGCUGAGGGUGAGCAUGCUGAGGGUGAGCAUGCUGAAGGUGAGCUUGCUGAAGGUGAGCAUGCUGAAGGUGAGCAUGCUGAAGGUGAGUUUGCUGAAGGUGAGCUUGCUGAAGGUGAGCAAGCUGAAGGUGAGCUUGCUGAAGGUGAGCAAGCUGAAGGUGAGCAUGCUGAAGGUGAGCAUGCUGAAGGUGAGCAUGCUGAAGGUGCUCAUGCUGAAGGUGAGCUUGCUGAAGGUGAGCUUGCUGAAGGUGAGCAUGCUGAAGGUGAGCAUGCUGAAGGUGAGCUUGCUGAAGGUGAGCAUGCUGAAGGUGAGCACGCUGAAGGUGCUCAUGCUGAAGGUGAGCAUGCUGAGGGUGAGCAUGCUGAGGGUGAGCAUGCUGAAGGUGAGCAUGCUGAAGGUGAGCAUGCUGAAGGUGAGCUUGCUGAAGGUGAGCUUGCUGAAGGUGAGCAAGCUGAAGGUGAGCUUGCUGAAGGUGAGCUUGCUGAAGGUGAGCAUGCUGAAGGUGAGCAAGCUGAAGGUGAGCGAGCUGAAGGUGAGCAUGCUGAAGGUGAGUUUGCUGAAGGUGAGCUUGCUGAAGGUGAGCAUGCUGAAUGUGAGCUUGCUGAAGGUGAGCAUGCUGAAGGUGAGCAUGCUGAAGGUGAGCUUGCUGAAGGUGCUCAUGCUGAAGGUGAGCAUGCUGAGGGUGAGCAUGCUGAGGGUAAGCAUGCUGAAGGUGAGCUUGCUGAAGGUGAGCUUGCUGAAGGUGAGCAUGCUGAAGGUGAGCACGCUGAAGGUGCUCAUGCUGAAGGUGAGCAUGCUGAGGGUGAGCAUGCUGAAGGUGAGCUUGCUGAAGGUGAGCAUGCUGAAGGUGAGCAUGCUGAAGGUGAGCUUGCUGAAGGUGCUCAUGCUGAAGGUGAGCAUGCUGAGGGUGAGCAUGCUGAGGGUGAGCAUGCUGAAGGUGAGCAUGCUGAAGGUGAGCAUGCUGAAGGUGAGCUUGCUGAAGGUGAGCUUGCUGAAGGUGAGCAAGCUGAAGGUGAGCUUGCUGAAGGUGAGCUUGCUGAAGGUGAGCAUGCUGAAGGUGAGCAAGCUGAAGGUGAGCGAGCUGAAGGUGAGCAUGCUGAAGGUGAGCUUGCUGAAGGUGAGCUUGCUGAAGGUGAGCAUGCUGAAGGUGAGCUUGCUGAAGGUGAGCAUGCUGAAGGUGAGCAUGCUGAAGGUGAGCUUGCUGAAGGUGAGCAUGCUGAAGGUGAGCACGCUGAAGGUGCUCAUGCUGAAGGUGAGCAUGCUGAGGGUGAGCAUGCUGAGGGUGAGCAUGCUGAAGGUGAGCUUGCUGAAGGUGAGCAUGCUGAAGGUGAGCAUGCUGAAGGUGAGCUUGCUGAAGGUGGGCAAGCUGAAGGUGAGCUUGCUGAAGGUGGGCAAGCUGAAGGUGAGCUUGCUGAAGGUGAGCUUGCUGAAGGUGAGCAAGCUGAAGGUGAGCUUGCUGAAGGUGAACUUGCUGAAGGUGAACUUCCUGAAGGUGAACUUGCUGAAUGUGAACUUGCUGAAGGUGAGCUUGCUGAAGGUGAGCAUGCUCAAGGUGAGCAUGCUGAAGGUGAGCAUGCUGAAGGUGAGCUUGCUGAAGGUGAGCAUGCUGAAGGUGAGCUUGCUGAAGGUGAGCAUGCUGAAGGUGAGCAUGCUGAAGGUGCUCAUGCUGAAGGUGAGCAUGGUGAGGGUGAGCAUGCUGAGGGUGAGCAUGCUGAAGGUGAGCAUGCUGAAGGUGAGCAUGCUGAAGGUGAGCUUGCUGAAGGUGAGCAAGCUGAAGGUGAGCUUGCUGAAGGUGAGCUUGCUGAAGGUGAGCAAGCUGAAGGUGAGCUUGCUGAAGGUGAACUUGCUGAAGGUGAACUUCCUGAAGGUGAACUUGCUGAAGGUGAACUUGCUGAAGGUGAGCUUGCUGAAGGUGAGCUUGCUGAAGGUGAGCUUGCUGAAGGUGAGCUUGCUGAAGGUGAGCAUGCUGAAGGUGAACUUGCUGAAGGUGAGCUUGCUGAAGGUGAGCUUGCUGAAGGUGAGCUUGCUGAAGGUGAGCUUGCUGAAGGUGAGCUUGCUGAAGGUGAGCUUGCUGAAGGUGAGCUUGCUGAAGGUGAGCUUGCUGAAGGUGAGCUUGCUGAAGGUGAGCUUGCUGAAGGUGAGCUUGCUGAAGGUGAGCUUGCUGAAGGUGAGCAAGCUGAAGGUGAGCAUGCUGAAGGUGAACUUGCUGAAGGUGAGCUUGCUGAAGGUGAGCUUGCUGAAGGUGAGCUUGCUGAAGGUGAGCUUGCUGAAGGUGAGCUUGCUGAAGGUGAGCUUGCUGAAGGUGAGCUUGCUGAAGGUGAGCUUGCUGAAGGUGAGCUUGCUGAGGGUGAGCAAGCUGAAGGUGAACAUACAUUCCAGCACUUUGGAAUCUACUUCCCCCUCUCUCCUCUUCACUCCUCCCCUCGGCCAACAUUAA